AUGUUACGCUUGUUUAUUCCGUUGUUUCUUGUUCUGAUCUUGCGUUCCUUCGCAAGCCAGAAAAACUCUGUAAGCAAUGUUUGGCACUUUUUUUAGUUCGGUCCUUGAAAAUAAUUCAUUUUGUCUAAUAUAAAAAACAAGAUCAAAUGAAUAUACAUUAUAACUGUGCUACUUUAACCAAUAAAAUACAAUACUAAUGCUUUGCGGAUUUCCUCUUGAUUAGGUAUCAAAUCAAAACCAUUGCUGCAACUGUCGCGACGGUAAGCUUAAGACUCUUAAUGAAUCCUGAUUCCUUUUUAUAGACGUUGUUCUAACAUAAUUUCCCAUUUUUCCCCUAGGAAGGGACGGACGAGAUGGUCAGAACGGUAAGAUAAGACAUCGCACAUAUCAAUAUAACCAUGUUUUCACUAACUGACAUAAUGCCCAGCAGUUCUGAAUUCUAUUAAGAAGUAAAAUACUUUCUGACCCGGUCAGCCUUUCAGUUUAGUACCUAUACGUAUAUAUCUGUUCACACCUUCUGCCCAUAAAUGGAAUAGUAGAUUGCUAGCAGGAAAUACUGCCAUAGGAAGUUAAAUUAGCCAUAUAGUUACGUUCCAUAUAACAACUGGGCGAAUUCACCUGAAAAAAAGUUCUGACUGUUGAAAAUGGAAAAGUGAACCUUGUUAAAAAUAAGAAAACGUAGUAAGAGUUGGGACUCUUUAAUUUAGAUGGUAUAGAAAAAUAAAUGAAGUAUUAAGUAAGUGAUCAAGAUCACUAACGUGGCAUUCAAAAUGUCGUCUUUCGCUUUCUUUUGCGUGAGUACUUCUCGUCCUCUUUUCUACUCAUCGCCAUAAAAUAAUUUUGAUUUUUUUCACCACCAAGGAAAGGAUGGUCGUGAUGGAAGAGACGGGAUCAACGGAAACGGAAUGAAGGUAAAAAUAUUAAAAAGGAAUAAAGCUCUUUCCUUUUUGCCGCAGGGAUCAGAAGUAAAGCGAACGCUUACUUUGUGCAAAACAAUAGAGUCCAUAGAAACGUUUUAAACUCGUGGGCCAAACUAGUCGUGAGUGCAUGUGCUAGAGCAUUACACUUUGAAAUACUCUGCAAUUUCGUCACUAGAGCCUUUCGGAUCAUGAGUAGUGGUCGAGAAUGGCUACUUUGGCAAACUGACAGGAAAACAUGGCGAUACUUUGAAAGAUCGGGACACAGAAGGAACGAUCAAGAGCAAACUUAGGUGGGGGGUGGGGGAGGGGGGAAAGCUGAUGGCAGUAAGACAGGAAUAUCUUUUUUCAAUUCUCAAAUGUACCCAUCAGUGUAUUUUUAGGGCAAGGUAUAGGGGUAGGGUGAAUUGCGGAAGAGAGUUGAAGCGUUCAGUGCUUUGCCUUGCGCUUCACGUAUUUCCGGCUAUCUCCUCAUGCCACUGAUUGUAUAGAGGGAAACUCAAUCUUAUUGCUUUUAUUCGCUUCAAAAAUUCUUCGUAACGAUCAAAUCAUAUUUACUGAAAUGUACUUCAAGGACUUGCUGUCAUUGCCCGUUGUGGGUUUUUUCUGUAUUUAAGCUCUCGACCGACAAGGACACAAUCUCCACCCCAGAGCUCUCCUCUGCAUAAAGGCCGGAGUCAAAACCGUAAGAACUGGGUCGAGAUUGGUUAAGGACAGUAAAUGACAAGGGUCAUGAGAUUAUGGGUUAUCAUACAUAAUACAUACAUUAAAAUUUUGAUGGUCUCGCCGUUUUUUCAUGUUAACAAAAUAAAAAAACUAUAUUUCCCAUCAUUGUGAAACUCGCCAUUUCGUACUGAAAACGAAAUAAGCACUUAAAGAAGAGUGAGCUGAAAAUGUUACGCUUGUUUAUUCCCUUGUUUCUUGCUCUGAUCUUGCGUUCCUUCGCAAGCCAGAAAAACUUUGCAAGCAAUGUAAGUUUGGCUUUUUUGUAUUUCAGUGCUUCUAUAAAUUAAUUUUGUCUAAUAAAAAAGUAAGAUCGAAAGAAUAUACACCAUGACUGUACUAUUUUAACCAAUAAAAUUCAUUAUUAAUACCUCGCGGAUUUUCUGUUGUUUAGGUAUCAAAUCGAAAUCAUUGCUGCAACUGUCGCGACGGUAAGCUAAAGACUUUGAAUGAAUUCUGAUUCCUUUCUGUUCAUGUUGUUUUAAUAUAUUUUCUCAUUUUUUGCCUAGGAAGGGACGGACGAGAUGGUCAGAACGGUAAGAUAAGACAUCGCACAUAUCAAUAUAACCAGGCAUGUUUUCACUAACCGACAUAAUGUCGACGAUUCAAGACCCAGCAGUUACGAAUUUUAUUAAUUAAGCAGUAAAAUACUUUCUGAACCGGUCAACCUUCCAGUUUAGUACCUAUACGUAUAUAUCUGUUCGCAGCUUCUGCCCAUAAAUGGAAUAGUAGAUUGCUAGCAGGAAAUACUGCCAUAGGAACUUAAAUCUAGUAGUACAGCUCCAUAUAUGUUACAACCGGUCGAAUUAAUCUGAGAAAAUAUAACAAGUUCUGACUGUUGAAAAUGGACGACUGAACCUUAUUAAAAAUAAGAUAACGUAGUCAGAGCUGGGACUUUUUAAGUAAUUUAGAUGGCGUAGAAAAAUAAAUGAAGUAUUAAAUAAGAGAUCAGUGUCACUGACGUGGCAUUCAAAAUUGUUGUCUUCCGCUUUCUUUUCCGUGAGUUCUUCUCGUUCUCUUUUCUACUCAUCACCAUUAAACAAUUUUAUUCUUUUCACACCCAAGGAAAGGAUGGUCGUGAUGGAAGAGACGGGAUCAAGGCGGGAAACGGAAUGAUGGAAAAAUAUUAAAAACGAAUAACGUUUUUUCUGCCAUUACCAAAUCGAUGAUAAAUUAUUUCUGGAAACAAAGAUGGAUAAGCCAGAGGAGAACUUUUAACAACACCGGACAAAAGGCUAAGAUUACUCAAGCUCCCUGCAAUCCGAGAAAUCAGCUGCCUCCAAAAAACACGCUUGUUUAACUCCAGAGUCUAUUUUCUGAAGGAAAAGGGGUCCGACACAGUACUACCUUAUUCUUUUCUCAUAAAUCAGUUACAAAGAUAAAAAAUUCCGUUUAAAUUCAACGAAAUCUCAGCGGUAAAGGCCAGUCUUAAGUAAAAGGAUUACGGAGAAGGAGAUCUGAGUUUUCUAGUUUCCUCAAUCCUAGAUGGGUUUUAAGAAUAGUUAAAGACUUGUUUGUUUUUCAGGGUCAAAAAGGAGAACGUGGCUUCAGUAUCAGGAAACAACGCAGGAGGCGUAAUUAAGUUUAGCGAUACCACUGAGAAAUGUGCCGCAAGCAUCGCCGGCACUGUAAGGUACAUUAGUUCCCAGAAAUCCUUGCAACUCUGUGAUGGAAGUGUUUGGCUUCCACUGCUGACUGUUGGAAAAGGUUACACAGCGGAUAGACCCGGCCGCCAUUGCUUGGAUAUUUUGAAUUCUGGUAAGCUUAAACUGUGAUAAAUAAAUAGAACCCAUAAGGGAAUGAGGAGAGUAAUAAUGGUUGUAGAGAAUGCUAGGAAGAACAUGGCCUGCAGUGCAGGCGUAUAUAUUGGGGGCGAGUGAAAGCUGCUUUUUAAAGUUUGCAAUGCAUGCCUCAGCCGCCAUCUUUGAUCUUAUUACAGAGGAUGAUUGCGGAGAGUAGAAUUAAAGACCUUUAGGGUAGGCGUAAGGGUGAAAGGAAAAAGGUGGGAAGGGGGGAGGGGAGGAGAAAAGUAUGGACUUGGGUACUGAGGAAAAAGACUGUCAUCCGAAGACGUAAUAAUAUUCAUUUUUCAAUAUAUUUAUGAUCAGGCCAAAGUCAUGGCAGUGGGCUUUACUGGAUUGAUCCAAACGGUGGCUCGACAAAAGACUCGUUCCAGGCCUUCUGCGACAUGGAAACUGAGCGUGGAGGUUGGACCCUAGUUGCCACAAAGGUCUCCCCAGGCUUCCUCUUCAUCAAAACUGUUUUCUCAACAGUGGCCGCUGCUACUAAGAACAGAGAUACCGCGAGUCACAUACACCCAAGCAUGGGGGACUGGAAAGAGUUUAUGUUCCGCUUUGCUGACGUUGAUAUCAUCCGAGUCAUUUACAACAGAAAAGUGGGCGCACCAAACAAAGACAAGGAGGAAUUCGACAAGUUCUUGAUGGGAAAGUCUAUGAAUGUGGGAAAAACGUGA